AUGGCGCGUGCUCAUUGGGUCCACGCGCCCACUUACGUCGGAUGACACCGAGCUGCGCGAGUCAGUGCGAGAAGACGCAGCAGCAGGAAACAACUACCGGCACUUUGUAGACGGAAUAGACUUGGAAACUUCCACUCAUUCUGCCCGAGACCUGUCCGUGAGACACACCGGUACCGACUUCACUGAAAGGAAACUACUUAUCUACAUCUUUACUCUUCAGGCCGGGAACAAGACUCUGCAGCCAUGUCUUCAAACAUUCAUAUCAACAGCCCAAAUGUCAAGUACACAGACACGCACAUAACGGCUCAGUAUUCCUACCAGACAGCAUCGGUGCACAGAGAGGGGAACAACAUCACGGUGACCCCCCGCGCCACCGAGAUGACGUUCCGCACCAAGAGGCACGUACCCCGGCUGGGUGUGAUGCUGGUGGGCUGGGGAGGCAACAACGGGACCACGGUCACAGCAGCUGUACUGGCCAACAAGCUGGGUCUCACCUGGAGAACUAAGACCGGGCUGAAGAAAGCAAAUUACUACGGCUCCCUCCUGCAGGCGUCUACUGUUUGUCUGGGAUCAGGGCUUGAGGGCGAGGUCAACGUGCCCUUCCGUGACCUCCUACCCAUGGUGCACCCUAAUGAUAUCAUCUUUGACGGCUGGGAUAUCUCCGCAAUGGAUCUUGGCAGCGCGAUGGAGAGAGCUCAGGUGUUUGACUGGUCGUUACAAGAGCAACUGCGACCAUACAUGAGCCGCAUGAAACCCAGACCGUCCAUCUAUAUCCCAGAAUUCAUCGCUGCAAACCAAGAGAGUCGGGCAGACAACGUCCUCACCGGGACCAUGGCAGAGCAGGUGGAGCAGAUCAGAGCUGACAUAAGGGAGUUCCGUCAGUCGAGUGGUGUUGACAAAGUCAUCGUUCUGUGGACCGCCAACACUGAGCGUUUCUGUGAUAUCAUACCAGGGGUCAAUGACAGUGCAAAGAACCUGCUAGCUGCAAUCCAGGCCGGAGCAGAGGUUUCUCCCUCCACUCUGUUUGCAGUCGCCAGUAUACUUGAGGGCUGCGCUUUCCUGAACGGCUCCCCACAGAACACCUUUGUACCGGGAGCCAUAGAGCUGGCCAUGCAGACAGGGGUAUUCAUUGGGGGAGAUGACUUCAAGUCGGGUCAGACCAAGAUCAAAUCAGUGCUGGUGGACUUUCUUGUCAGUGCAGGUAUCAAGCCGACCUCCAUUGUCAGCUACAACCACCUUGGCAACAACGACGGAAAGAACCUGUCGGCUCCGCAGCAGUUCCGCUCCAAAGAGAUCUCCAAGAGCAACGUGGUGGACGACAUGGUCCAAUCAAACCCCAUAUUGUACCAGCCCGGUGAAAAACCUGACCACUGUGUGGUGAUUAAGUACGUCCCCUAUGUGGGAGACAGCAAGCGUGCCAUGGAUGAAUACACUUCUGAAAUAAUGAUGGGAGGGACCAACACCAUUGCACUGCACAACACCUGUGAGGACUCUCUACUAGCCAGCCCAAUAAUCUUGGACCUGGUGAUCCUGACGGAGCUUUGCCAGCGUGUGACUAUCAGACCCGAGGGGGAAGAGGACUUCCAGUCCUUCCACAGUGUCUUAGCACUGCUUUCCUUCCUCUGCAAGGCCCCCCUUGUCCCAUCAGGCACCCCGGUCAUCAACGCUUUCUUCCGCCAGAGGGCCUGCAUAGAAAACAUCAUGAGAGCGUGCCUUGGCCUUCCUCCUCAGAACCACAUGAUGCUGGAGCACAAGCUGCAGAGAGAUUUUCUGCCUGUACCUACGACUUACACCAACGGGAAAGUGACUUCUUUGGAAAAAGUUGCCCUCACCAACGGGAAGCAUAUACCUCUAACAAAUGGCUUCGGUGCCCAUGUCGAUGACGCAGCACAUGCAAUAUAAUUGCACAUACAACACUACAGCCCAAGAUAGAACUGAAACUUAACAAAAGACCAAAGGCCCUCAUUGAUUAAGCUAUCAUUGUGAAACAACAACACUGGAUUGCAGAGUAAUCUUGACAUUUGUGGAAUAUGCAUUUAAAGUUAUAGAUAUUUAGCCAGUAUUGGCCUAUAGAAACACACAUUCAGGUCUCACCAUGUCCAUAAACAUGCAGGUAUGUCUCCUGUACCUACUGAGUGUCCACACAGCACAACAAAGUUCGAAGCAGCUAUUUUGUUUAAAUAUAUAUUCACUGUUUUUUUUUAACUUGAGAAUGAACCACGCAUUGAAAGUUUUAAAAAGUAAAUACAGCUUUUUAGUUUUCUUCAUAGUGCUCGUAUCUUUAUUUAUUUCUGUGUGUCGUGUACGGUAUAGUUCCUAGAAAUAGGUCCAUAUGUUUAACAAACAAAUGUGAUAUUGAUCCUGCAGCUGUGAAACUGAUGAAACGCUGUAUUUAUUGUUUGAAUCGACUGUACGUUCACUUAAUUAAUGAGAGGGACAUCUUUAUUACAACACUGUAUUUUGUCUUACUGUGUGUCACUGCCUUCCAUAUGUCUCCGUGUGAAUCUAUAUGAAUGUUGUAUUGACUAUUUUAUUAAAGAGUAACAUGGGCUGUUUAUAUACAAUAAACAUUUCAACAUUG